UCCUGGCCGUGCACAGUUGUCUUCGGUCGCUCCCGGUCCGCGGGCCUGCGUCCGCGCGCUCUCCCGCCGGCAAUGGGGCGACGGCGGCGGCUGUGUCUCCAGCCCUACUUUUUGUGGCUGGGCUGCGUGGCGCUCUGGGCACCGGGCGCAGCCGGUCAGCCUCAGCCUUCGCCACCCAAGCCGCUCCGGCUCCAGCCACCCCUGCAACAGGUCCGCUCGGCAGCUGCGAGCCCCGAAGGCGGGUUCGUGGCCCCCGAGUUCCGCGAGGAGGGCGCCGCGGCCGCCAGCCGCGUCCGCAGAAGAGGACAGCAGGACAUACUCCGCGGGCCCAACGUGUGCGGCUCCAGGUUCCACUCUUACUGCUGCCCAGGAUGGAAGACACUCCCCGGAGGGAACCAGUGCAUUGUCCCGAUUUGUAGAAAUAGUUGUGGUGAUGGAUUUUGUUCCCGCCCUAACAUGUGUACUUGUUCCAGUGGCCAAAUCUCACCCACCUGUGGAGCAAAAUCAAUUCAGCAGUGCAGUGUGAGAUGCCUGAAUGGAGGGACCUGUGCGGAGGACCACUGCCAGUGCCAGAAGGGAUACAUUGGAACUUACUGUGGACAACCUCUCUGUGAAAAUGGAUGUCAGAAUGGUGGGCGUUGCAUUGGACCCAACCGCUGUGCCUGUGUUUAUGGAUUCACUGGUCCCCAGUGUGAAAGAGAUUACAGAACAGGUCCGUGUUUCACUCAGGUCAACAACCAGAUGUGCCAAGGGCAGCUGACAGGGAUUGUCUGCACGAAGACCCUGUGCUGUGCUACCAUUGGCCGGGCGUGGGGCCAUCCAUGUGAGCUUUGUCCUGCCCAGCCUCAACCUUGCAGGAGGGGGUUCAUCCCCAAUAUUCGUACUGGGGCUUGCCAAGAUGUGGAUGAAUGCCAGGCUAUCCCUGGGCUGUGCCAAGGAGGAAACUGCAUCAACACAGUAGGCUCUUUUGAAUGCCGAUGCCCCUCAGGCCACAAGCAGAGUGAAACAACUCAGAAAUGUGAAGACAUCGAUGAAUGCAGCACCAUUCCUGCGAUAUGUGAAACUGGUGAAUGUUCCAACACCGUGGGAAGCUAUUUUUGUAUUUGUCCACGUGGAUAUGUAACCUCAGCAGAUGGCUCUCAGUGCAUAGAUCAGAGAACAGGUACAUGUUUCUCGGGUUUGGUGAAUGGUCGCUGUGCACAAGAGCUCCAGGGCAGAAUGACGAAAAUGCAGUGCUGCUGUGAACCUGGCCGCUGCUGGGGUGCUGGGACUGCUCCUGAGGCCUGUCCUGUCAGAGGUUCUGAGGAGCAUCGCAGACUGUGCCUGGAGGGACUUCCGAUGGGAGGGCUGCCAGGCAGUGCUGUUUCCAGGCCUGGGGGCUCCGGGGGGAGCAGCUUCAUCCCAAACGGCAAUGGCAAUGGCUACGGCCCAGGAGGGACUGGAUUCCUCCCCAUUCCCGGAGGCAAUGGCUUCUCUCCUGGUGUUGGGGGAGCUGGUGUGGGCACUGGAGGACAGGGGCCCAUCAUCACAGGGCUGACAAUUCUCAACCAGACAAUAGAUAUCUGUAAGCAUCAUUCGAAUCUUUGUUUGAAUGGACGAUGCAUACCUACUGUUUCUAGCUACCGAUGUGAAUGCAACAUGGGUUAUAAGCAGGAUACAAAUGGAGAUUGUAUAGAUGUUGAUGAAUGCACAUCAAAUCCCUGCACUAAUGGGGAUUGUGUUAACACACCUGGAUCAUAUUACUGCAAAUGUCAUGCUGGAUUCCAGAGGACUCCUACCAAGCAGGCAUGCGUUGAUAUUGAUGAAUGCAUCCAGAAUGGUGUUCUUUGUAAAAAUGGUCGAUGCGUGAAUACUGAUGGAAGCUUCCAGUGUAUUUGCAAUGCAGGCUUUGAAUUAACUACAGAUGGAAAAAACUGUGUUGACCAUGAUGAAUGCACGACUACCAACAUGUGUCUGAAUGGGAUGUGCAUUAACGAAGAUGGCAGCUUCAAGUGCAUCUGCAAGCCAGGAUUUGUCCUGGCUCCAAAUGGGCGAUAUUGUACUGACAUUGACGAAUGCCAGACCCCAGGCAUCUGCAUGAAUGGGCACUGCAUCAACAAUGAAGGAUCCUUCCGCUGUGAUUGUCCCCCGGGACUGGCUGUGGGUGUGGAUGGACGUGUGUGUGUUGAUACACACAUGCGCAGUACCUGCUAUGGUGGGAUCAAGAAAGGAGCCUGUGUGCGUCCUUUCCCUGGUGCUGUGACCAAAUCUGAAUGCUGCUGUGCCAAUCCGGACUAUGGCUUUGGAGAGCCCUGCCAGCCCUGUCCUGCUAAAACCUCAGCUGAGUUCCAUGGCCUUUGUAGUAGUGGAGUAGGCAUCACUGUGGAUGGAAGAGAUAUCAACGAAUGUGCCUUGGACCCCGAUAUCUGCGCCAAUGGUAUUUGUGAGAAUUUGCGAGGUAGUUAUCGUUGCAAUUGCAACAGUGGCUAUGAACCAGAUGCAUCUGGAAGGAACUGCAUUGACAUUGAUGAGUGCUUGGUAAACAGACUCCUUUGUGAUAAUGGACUCUGCCGAAACACACCAGGAAGUUAUAGCUGUACGUGUCCCCUUGGCUACAUGUUUCGGAUGGAAACAGAAACCUGUGAAGAUAUAAAUGAAUGUGAAAGCAACCCAUGUGUCAAUGGGGCCUGCAGGAACAACCUUGGGUCUUUCAACUGUGAAUGUUCUCCUGGCAGCAAGCUCAGCUCCACAGGGUUGAUCUGCAUUGACAGCCUGAAAGGGACAUGUUGGCUCAACAUCCAGGACAACCGCUGUGAGGUGAACAUUAACGGGGCCACCCUGAAGUCUGAGUGCUGUGCCACCCUUGGAGCUGCCUGGGGGAGUCCUUGUGAGCGCUGUGAACUGGAUGCAGCUUGCUCAAGAGGGUUUGCCAGGAUUAAAGGUGUUACUUGUGAAGAUGUUAAUGAGUGUGAGGUGUUUCCUGGUGUUUGUCCAAAUGGACGCUGUGUCAAUAGCAAAGGAUCUUUUCACUGUGAGUGCCCUGAAGGCCUUACAUUGGAUGGAACGGGCCGUGUGUGCUUAGAUGUUCGUAUGGAGCAGUGCUACCUGAAGUGGGAUGAAGAUGAAUGCAUCCAUCCUGUCCCUGGAAAGUUCCGCAUGGAUGCCUGCUGCUGUGCCGUUGGGGCUGCCUGGGGCACCGAAUGUGAAGAAUGCCCCAAACCUGGCACCAAGGAGUAUGAGACCCUGUGCCCUCGGGGGCCUGGCUUUGCCAACAGAGGAGAUGUUCUCACUGGGCGGCCAUUUUAUAAAGAUAUCAACGAAUGCAAAGCUUUUCCUGGCAUGUGCACCUAUGGCAAGUGCCGGAAUACAAUUGGAAGUUUCAAGUGUCGUUGCAAUAGUGGCUUUGCUCUGGACAUGGAGGAAAGAAAUUGUACAGACAUCGACGAGUGCAGGAUCUCCCCUGACCUCUGUGGCAGUGGCGUCUGUGUCAACACACCAGGCAGCUUCGAGUGCGAGUGCUUUGAAGGUUAUGAGAGUGGCUUCAUGAUGAUGAAGAACUGCAUGGACAUUGACGAAUGUGAACGUAACCCUCUCCUUUGUAGGGGUGGCACCUGUGUGAACACUGAGGGCAGCUUCCACUGUGACUGCCCACUGGGACAUGAGCUGUCACUGUCACGCGAGGACUGUGUGGAUAUUAAUGAGUGUUCCUUGAGUGACAAUCUCUGCAGGAAUGGCAAAUGUGUAAACAUGAUUGGAACCUAUCAGUGCUCUUGCAAUUCUGGAUACCAAGCCACACCAGACCGCCAAGGCUGCACAGACAUUGACGAGUGUCUGAUCAUGAACGGAGGCUGUGACACUCUGUGCACCAACUCGGAAGGAAGCUACGCGUGCAGCUGCAUUGAAGGCUAUGCCCUGAUGCCUGACGGGAGAUCGUGCGCGGAUAUUGAUGAAUGUGAGAAUAACCCCGACACCUGUGACGGGGGGCAGUGCACCAACAUCCCUGGGGAGUACCGCUGCCUCUGCUAUGAUGGGUUCAUGGCUUCUAUGGACAUGAAAACAUGCAUUGAUGUGAAUGAGUGUGACCUCAAUUCAAACAUCUGUAUGUUCGGGGAGUGCGAGAACACCAAGGGCUCUUUUAUUUGCCACUGCCAGCUGGGCUAUUCGGUGAAGAAGGGAACCACUGGAUGCACAGAUGUGGACGAGUGUGAAAUUGGCGCCCACAACUGUGACAUGCAUGCCUUGUGUCUGAACAUCCCGGGAAGCUUCAAGUGCAGCUGCCGAGAAGGCUGGGUGGGAAAUGGCAUCAAAUGUAUCGAUCUGGAUGAAUGUUCUAAUGGAACCCACCAGUGUAGCAUAAAUGCUCAGUGUGUGAAUACUCCUGGCUCAUACCGAUGUACCUGCUCUCAGGGCUUCACUGGCGAUGGCUUUACCUGUUCAGAUAUUGAUGAGUGUGCAGAAAACAUAAAUCUCUGUGAAAAUGGGCAGUGCCUCAACGUCCCUGGGGCCUACCGCUGCGAGUGCGAGAUGGGCUUCACCCCAGCCUCCGACAGCAGGUCCUGCCAAGAUAUUGAUGAAUGUUCCUUCCAAAAUAUUUGUGUCUUUGGAACAUGUAAUAAUUUACCUGGAAUGUUUCACUGUAUCUGUGAUGAUGGUUAUGAACUGGACAGAACUGGAGGGAACUGUACAGAUGUCGAUGAGUGUGCGGAUCCCAUCAACUGUGUCAACGGCCUCUGUGUCAACACACCUGGUCGUUAUGAGUGCAACUGCCCACCAGAUUUCCAGCUGAACCCCACAGGUGUGGGUUGUGUUGACAACCGUGUAGGCAACUGCUAUCUGAAAUUUGGUCCUCGAGGAGACGGAAGUCUGUCUUGCAACACAGAAAUUGGGGUGGGGGUCAGUCGCUCCUCCUGCUGCUGCUCCCUGGGGAAGGCCUGGGGCAACCCCUGUGAGACUUGCCCCCCUGUCAACAGCACUGAAUAUUACACCCUGUGUCCUGGAGGUGAAGGCUUUAGACCCAACCCCAUCACAAUCAUCUUAGAAGACAUUGACGAGUGCCAGGAGUUACCAGGUCUCUGCCAGGGUGGAAACUGCAUCAACACUUUUGGGAGCUUCCAGUGUGAGUGUCCACAGGGCUACUACCUGAGUGAGGAAACCCGCAUCUGUGAAGAUAUCGAUGAGUGUUUUGCACACCCCGGCGUAUGUGGGCCUGGCACCUGCUAUAACACCCUGGGAAACUACACCUGUAUUUGCCCACCGGAGUACAUGCAGGUCAAUGGAGGCCGCCACUGCAUGGACAUGAGGAAAAGCUUUUGCUACCGAAGCUAUAACGGAACCACCUGUGAGAACGAGUUACCUUUCAACGUGACAAAGAGGAUGUGCUGUUGUACAUACAAUGUUGGCAAAGCCUGGAACAAACCUUGUGAACCGUGCCCAAUGCCAGGAACAACUGAUUUUAAAGCCAUAUGUGGAAAUAUUCCUGGAUUCACCUUUGACAUUCACACAGGAAAAGCUGUUGACAUCGAUGAAUGUAAGGAGAUUCCAGGCAUUUGUGCAAACGGUGUGUGCAUUAACCAGAUUGGCAGCUUCCGCUGUGAAUGCCCUACAGGCUUCAGUUAUAAUGACUUGCUCUUGGUCUGUGAAGACAUCGAUGAGUGCAGCAAUGGGGACAAUGUGUGCCAGCGCAACGCAGACUGCAUCAACAGCCCCGGCAGCUACCGCUGCGAAUGCGCCACAGGCUUCAAGCUCUCGCCCAAUGGCGCCUGUGUAGAUCGGAACGAAUGUUUAGAAAUUCCUAAUGUUUGCAGUCAUGGCCUGUGUGUUGAUUUGCAAGGAAGUUACCAGUGCAUCUGCCACAAUGGUUUUAAGGCUUCUCAAGACCAGACCAUGUGCAUGGAUGUUGAUGAGUGUGAGAGACACCCAUGUGGAAAUGGAACUUGUAAGAACACAGUGGGAUCCUACAACUGCCUGUGCUACCCGGGAUUUGAGCUCACUCACAAUAAUGAUUGCCUGGACAUAGAUGAGUGCAGCUCCUUUUUUGGUCAGGUGUGCAGAAAUGGACGGUGUUUUAAUGAAAUUGGCUCCUUUAAGUGUUUGUGUAAUGAAGGUUAUGAACUCACUCCGGAUGGCAAAAAUUGUAUAGAUACUAACGAGUGUGUUGCCCUUCCGGGCUCUUGUUCUCCUGGGACCUGUCAGAAUUUGGAGGGUUCCUUCAGGUGCAUUUGUCCCCCAGGGUAUGAAGUCAAAAGCGAGAACUGCAUUGAUAUAAAUGAAUGUGAAGAGGAUCCCAACAUUUGCCUUUUUGGUUCCUGUACCAAUACUCCAGGGGGCUUCCAGUGUAUCUGCCCCCCUGGCUUUGUGCUGUCUGAUAAUGGACGGAGGUGCUUUGAUACUCGCCAGAGUUUCUGCUUCACAAAUUUUGAAAAUGGAAAGUGUUCUGUACCCAAAGCUUUCAACACCACAAAAGCAAAAUGCUGCUGCAGUAAAAUGCCUGGAGAAGGAUGGGGGGACCCCUGUGAGCUGUGCCCUAAAGAUGAUGAAGUUGCAUUCCAGGAUUUGUGUCCAUAUGGCCAUGGAACUGUCCCUAGUCUUCAUGAUACACGUGAAGAUGUCAAUGAGUGUCUAGAGAGCCCAGGCAUUUGUUCAAAUGGUCAGUGUAUCAACACGGAUGGAUCUUUUCGCUGUGAAUGUCCAAUGGGAUACAACCUUGAUUACACUGGAGUGCGAUGUGUGGAUACUGAUGAGUGUUCAGUUGGCAAUCCAUGCGGAAAUGGUACCUGCGCCAAUGUGAUUGGAAGUUUUGAGUGCAAUUGCAAUGAAGGCUUCGAGCCAGGACCCAUGAUGAAUUGUGAAGACAUCAAUGAAUGUACCCAAAACCCACUGCUCUGUGCCUUCCGCUGCAUGAACACCUUUGGGUCCUAUGAAUGCACAUGCCCCAUCGGCUACGCGCUCAGGGAGGACCAGAAGAUGUGCAAAGAUCUGGAUGAGUGUGCAGAAGGUCUGCACGACUGCGAAUCCAGAGGCAUGAUGUGUAAGAACCUGAUUGGCACCUUCAUGUGCAUCUGUCCCCCGGGGAUGGCCCGCAGGCCUGAUGGAGAAGGCUGUAUAGAUGAAAAUGAAUGCAGGACCAAGCCAGGAAUCUGUGAAAAUGGGCGCUGUAUUAAUAUCAUUGGGAGCUAUCGGUGUGAAUGUAAUGAAGGUUUCCAGUCAAGUUCCUCAGGCACUGAAUGCCUUGACAACCGGCAGGGACUCUGCUUCGCCGAGGUCUUGCAGACCAUGUGCCAGAUGGCUUCCAGCAGCCGCAAUCUGGUCACCAAGUCCGAAUGCUGUUGCGAUGGUGGAAGGGGCUGGGGGCACCACUGUGAGCUGUGCCCACUUCCCGGAACUGCCCAGUACAAAAAGAUAUGUCCUCACGGCCCAGGGUAUACCACAGAUGGGAGAGAUAUUGAUGAGUGUAAGGUAAUGCCAAAUUUGUGCACCAAUGGCCAGUGCAUCAACACUAUGGGCUCAUUCCGAUGCUUCUGUGAGGUCGGCUACACCACAGACAUCAGUGGAACCUCCUGCAUAGACCUUGAUGAAUGUUCCCAGUCCCCCAAACCAUGCAACUUCAUCUGCAAGAACUCAGAGGGGAGCUACCAAUGCUCCUGUCCUCGGGGAUAUGUCCUUCAAGAGGAUGCGAAGACAUGUAAAGAUCUUGAUGAAUGCCAGACGAAACAACACAAUUGUCAGUUCCUCUGUGUCAACACCCUGGGAGGAUUCACUUGUAAAUGCCCCCCAGGUUUCACCCAGCAUCACACUGCUUGCAUUGACAACAAUGAGUGUGGCUCUCAGCCUUCUCUUUGUGGAGCCAAGGGGAUCUGCCAGAACACCCCCGGGAGCUUCAGCUGCGAAUGCCAACGGGGAUUCUCGCUUGAUGCCACUGGACUCAACUGUGAAGAUGUUGAUGAGUGUGAUGGAAACCACAGGUGCCAACAUGGGUGCCAGAAUAUCCUGGGGGGCUACAGGUGCGGCUGCCCUCAAGGGUAUGUGCAGCACUACCAGUGGAACCAGUGCGUGGAUGAGAAUGAGUGUUCCAACCCCAGCGCCUGUGGCUCUGCUUCCUGCUACAACACCCUGGGGAGUUACAAGUGCGCCUGCCCCUCGGGGUUCUCCUUUGACCAGUUCUCCAGUGCCUGCCAUGAUGUGAAUGAGUGCUCCUCCUCCAAGAACCCCUGCAAUUAUGGCUGCUCCAAUACCGAAGGGGGCUACCUCUGCGGCUGCCCACCGGGGUACUACAGAGUGGGACAGGGCCACUGUGUGUCUGGAAUGGGAUUCAGCAAAAGCCAGUACCUAUCACUGGACACCGAGGUGGACGAGGAAAAUGCUCUGUCCCCAGAAGCAUGCUAUGAAUGCAAAAUCAAUGGCUACUCCAAGAAAGAUGGCAGGCAGAAGAGGAGCAUGCAGGACCCCGAGCCCACAGCUGUGGAUCAGGUCAGCCUCGAGAGCAUGGACAUAGACACCCCAGUCAGCAUGAAGUUCAACCUCUCAGACCUCGGCUCUAAGGAGCACAUCCUGGAACUCAUGCCCGCCAUCGAGCCCCUCAACAACCACAUCCGCUAUGUCAUCUCCCAAGGCAACGACGAUGGCUUCUUCCGACUUCACCAAAGGAACGGACUCAGCUACCUGCACACGGCCAGGAAGAAGCCCACACCUGGCAUGUACACACUGGAGAUCAGCAGCGUCCCCCUCUACAAGAAGAAGGAGCUGAAGAAGCUAGAGGAGAGAAACGAGGAUGACUAUCUCCUGGGGGAGCUGGGGGAGGCCCUCAGGAUGAGGCUGCAGAUCCAGCUGUACUAACCCUUCACAGAGGCGCUUCCAGGCCCAGAGCGCAGCAGAACCGGGCUUCAGAGACACAGGAAAAGUCAAAGACUGAAUUCUGUAGAGGAAAACAAAUUACUUUGGUUUCUUUCCUCCUAUGUCAGACUUUGGAAUGUUGACCUGCACGGGGAGGGGUAACAGACUCUAGUGUGGCCAAAGAUUUGAGUACAAAGGCAAUCGUAGUUACUGUAUUUUUAUAUAACUUCAUUUUAAAAUAUAUUUUUAAACAUAAAUGUUCAAGAGAUCAGCAUAUGGCACUAAAUGCACAAAAUAAUGUGAGCUUCCCUCCCUCCCUCCCCCCCAUUAGCAGUCUGUAACACUUUGGGUAUUUUGCUAUAGUUGCUAGUUUAAAAAUAUAGAUGUUUAUUUAUUUUUAAUGCAGUAAUAUAUGGAGAAAUGAACAAAACUAUGUAAACAAAAAGGGAAACUUACUUGUUUUUCCUUAGAUUUAUAAAUUUGAGCUAUUUCUUUUAGAGGUGCUUUAAAAAAAUUCAGUAGAUUCAAGAAAAGUUUCCUUUGUUUUUUUCUGCCAGUCAUCUACCUGGUAAACACCUGCCUACUUUAAAGAAAGCCUCAGAAAACUGAAUGGGCAAUGUGAUCAAUAAUCUAAAAGACACAAAUGUCAUUAGAGCAAAGGAGGGCAAAGUCAGAAGAGCUCCUUGUGACACAAUUCAUAUCACCAGAGUUGCCAGGCAAUGAUAAAUGAAGUACAACCACUGUAGCAAAAUACCUUGACUGCUUGUGAGCAUUGGAGACCAGACUGUACUGUAUCUCCUUUCCAACCUCAAGGAACCACGUGUGCUACCCAGAACACCUCAUUCCCACCCAGGGUGCACUGCGCACUGUGGGCCCCGGCAGCUGAAGAACUGCCAGUUCCUCUGAGUGGGGACACCCGGCGUUCUAUAGUGUUUGGUGCUGUCUUAGAUUAAUGGUGCAUUUAUUUUUGUUCAAGCUAUUUCAGGAUUGCCAUAUGUGCAAACAAAUCAUGCAGUGCAGCAAGGAGUAUAUGUUGUUGUUGUGUUGUUGUUAUAAAUCCAUUUUUUUAGAAUUUUCAUUAAUACUGUAGUUAUACACCAUAUGCCUUCUUUUUUAUCAUAGCUUAUUGUGUAUGAAAGAUGUUUGUACCAUGAAUUAAUGUUAGUUUGCUUUAGUCAUGUGAAAGAGCUGUUGUACCGGGAGAUGCUAAUAAGAGCCGGUCUUCGUGUUCUUUAUCCUCAGCAACCUGUCCCUUGACCACUGACCAGACCUCACACGUGAAUGGCCAAAGCACACCCCAACUCCUGUCUGUUCCUCACACCUGUGUUCACCAAAGAGUAGUCACCAGUUAGAGCUAUUAUUUUGGACUGGUUUUAUUUUUGUUUGUAAUAACUAAAAAAAGAAGUUGUAAAUUUGUAAUCAAGUGUUUGUGAGGAAAAAGUGGUUUUUGAUUUUGGUUUUAUAUGUCUCUGUAUCAAAUAUGACACUUUCCGUUCAAUAAAGCUUAUUUUGGGGUAA